GGCAUAAACCACAUUCAUAUUAAUAUUCACACACUCUCUUCAUGAUCUUGUGUCCUCACACUGAAUUAUAUACACCAGAUACAUACUUGUAGAUAUAGGCAACUGCACAACCCACCAUAAUUACAGUAGUCUUGCUAUCCAAAUGAAACCCAUUAACUAGGCCAAAUCCAUUGAGAGGCUUUCCUUGAUCUCUUUGGCAGCUGCUAUACAUAUCCUCUGAGAAAGAGAGUAGCAAUUCUCAACUCAGGAAGAUGAGAGCAGGAGUUUGCAGUGUACAGCAGGUUCUAACUGCUGAUGCAGCAAGCAUGGUCAAACAAGCAGUUACCCUUGCUAGGCGGCGAGGUCAUGCCCAAGUUACUCCUCUUCAUGUGGCCAGUGUCAUGCUUGCUUCCUCCUCUGGUCUUCUCCGCUCUGCUUGCCUACGAUCCCACUCUCAUCCCCUGCAGUGCAAGGCUCUGGAGCUCUGCUUCAAUGUGGCGCUCAACCGCCUCCCUGCCUCCUCAUCAAGCCCCCUAUUAGCUCCUCAUUCCUCUCACCCUUCCUUGUCCAAUGCCUUGGUUGCAGCCUUCAAGCGUGCACAGGCUCACCAGCGCCGUGCCUCCAUCGAAAACCAGCAACAACCCAUUCUAGCUCUCAAAGUAGAGAUAGAACAGCUCAUAAUCUCCAUCCUACAUGACCCAAGUGUUAGUAGAGUCAUGAGAGAGGCUGGUUUCUCUAGUACCCAAUUGAGAACCAACAUAGAACAAGCUGUCUCUUUGGAUGUUUGUUCUCAAAGCCCUGCUGUGAGUAGCCUUUCUAAGGAAAGUAACAACCCUCCUCUAUUACUCGGUACUAAUGUGUCCCAAUCUUCAACAUUUAUUCAGUUUGGAGUAACUCUGAACAAUCCAUUUGACGAAGCUCAGGAAGAAGAUGUAAAGAGUCUUUUGGACGCAUUUACAAGCAAAAGAAGGAGAAACACUGUUGUUGUAGGAGAGACUCUGGCCAGUGCUGAGGGUGUAGUUAGAGGGCUGAUGAACAAGUUUGAGAGAGGAGAUGUCCCUGGAGAUCUGAGGUAUGUGCAGUUUAUAAGCCUUCCUCUCUUCUCUUUAAAGAAUCUCUCCAAGGAGGAGGUUGAACAGAAGCUUGUGAAGCUGAAUUGCCUUCUGAAAACCUAUGUGUGUAGAGGGGUGGUUUUGUAUUUGGGUGAUCUCAAAUGGGUCUCUGAGUUUGAGUCAAAUUAUGGUGAGAGGAGAAACUACUGCUCUCCUGUGGAGCACAUAAUCAUGGAGCUCGGAAGAAUGAUGUGUGGAAUUGGGGAUAGAGGACGAAUGUGGCUUUUGGGGACUGCAACCUUCCAAACUUACAUGAGAUGCAAAGCAGGCCAUCCUUCUUUGGAGACUAUUUGGGAACUUCAUCCUCUUACUAUUCCUGUUGGCAGCUUGGGCCUCGGUCUCAAUCUUGACAGCAAUUUGCAGGGCCGGUUCCAAAGUAAGGCAUCUGGAGAUGGGACUUCUUGGUCACUUCUUCAAAGUGGAGAUAAGCACCUUACUUGCAGCACAAAUUGCUCUGAUAAUUUUGACAAAGAAUCUCAAAGUAUAGCAUGCAGUUUUCGCAAUGGCGAGUCCACCACCACCAUCACCACUUCCACCAGCUCAAGCUUGCCUUCAUGGCUCCAAAAAGAGAAAAGAAGAAAGAUCAUGGACGAUCAGGAAUGUGUCCAAGUCAGAGAUCUCUGCAACAAAUGGAACUCGUUUUGCAGCUCAGUCCACAAAAAGGCCCACAGUACUGAGAAAGCCCUGAAUUUUUCUUCACCAUCUCCUUCCUCCACUUCCAUCUCCUCCUAUGACCAAUGCAGCCCUAAUCUGCAACAGAACCACCUAAGUUGGCCAGUCAUCAUUGAGCCGAAACCACCUCUGAAAGAACACCAGUUCUGGAUAUCUGAAAAUGUUGAUGAAGGCCUUGAACCCAAGUUCAGUAUGCACAUAGCAGAGAGAAAUUUUCCAAUACCAGAUCUUUUAUCAAAUCCUAACUCUUCCCCUAAUUCAGCUUCUUCUAGUGAGGCAAUAGAGGAUGGAGAGGGUCUUUAUGGUUUCAAAGAGCUUAAUGCGGAGAAUCUGAGAAUCUUAUGCAAUGCAUUGGAGAGAAGGGUUCCAUGGCAGAAGGAUAUCAUUCCUGAAAUAGCAAGCACCAUUCUUGAAUGCAGGUCAGGAACACUGAGAGGAAAAAACAAGUUGAAGCAGAGGGAGGACAAGGAAGAAACUUGGCUGCUCUUCUUAGGAGUUGACUUUCAAGGCAAAGAGAAGAUUGCAAGGGAGAUAGCUAAGCUUGUUUUUGGCUCUCAGAGCAAGUUCAUCUCAAUUGGUCUGAGCAGUUUAGGAUCAACAAGAGCUGAUUCCACCGAGGAUUUCCUAAGCAAACAAGCAAGAGACGAGCCUGUUGGUAGUUAUCUUGAGAAAUUCGCUGAAGCGGUGCAUGAGAAUCCUCACAGAGUGUUCUUCAUAGAAGAUGUGGAGCAACUAGAUUACACUUCUCAAAUGGGGAUUAAGAGAGGAAUUGAGAGUGGAAGAAUACAAAUUGCUGGAGGUGAAGCAUUUCCUCUUGAGGAUGCCAUUAUCAUAUUCAGUUGUGAAAGCUUCAGCUCAGUAUCAAGAGCCAGCUCUCCUCCACCCAUGGGGCUAAAAUCUGGAGAGAAUGAGGAAAAAGACCGGGACAAUGAGUUGGAGAAGAGAAGCCCAUGUGUGUCUCUAGAUCUGAAUCUUUCAGCUGAAGAUGAUCAAGAAUAUGGACAAAACUCGGUUGCAGACACUGGGGUUCUGGAUUCUGUGGACAGGCAGUUUAUUUUCAAAAUUCAAGAGUUGUGAGAGGAGGUGGCCAAUGACGAGUUCUUCCAUGGUGCAUUCUUUCUUUUUUUUUCCUUUCCUGUGUCUUUUCCUUUAUUUAUUUUUUUUCUUUUUUGGUUCGGGUUGGGGAGAAAAUAGAAAGAAUUUAGUUGAAUUUUAGGAAAAAGGUUUCUGGGGUAAUACUGGAUGAAUGGGGUUAGAACAUAGGAGUUGGAAACAUUGUAGAAGUACAUGUAUAGUAAUAUAUUUGUGUUGUUGGUAUAUGAAUCUUUUAGUGGUGCUUCUUUGGGA